AAAGAGCCUGACAUAGAAAUCAUCUGUCACCUAGAAUGGAACAAUCAUUAUAGAGUAUUCGGCCAUUGGAAAUGCCAAUGUCCAUCACCUCAACAUUAUUGGAGAAGUGCUUAUACAUGGAUAUCACUUCGAAAAUUUAUAGAAGGUGGCCCAAUAAAAGAUCAGAAUGAUUUUUAUAUACAAAAGUGCACUAAAUGUUUGGAGGAAUGCAAUAAAUGCAAAAAACGCAAUCAGAAGUGCGAAAUAUGUAAGAAAAAUGACGUAAUAAAUGACGAAAGAUGUGAUGGUUGCAAAGAUAAACACAGAAAAUGCAUGAUAUGUAAGAAAUGCGAUUAUUAUCGUACUAUCAUUGAAUACACACUUUUAGAACAAUCAGAGAGUAACGUACCUCAUAAAAGAGAUUUAUGUUCAAAGUGUAGGUCAGGUGCUAUCUGUCGAAAUGACAACAGACACUACAUUCGGCAAAACAGAAAUAUUAAAUUAUUUUCGGAAGAAAGAGAAAUCAUAAGUGAGAAAGAAUCAAAUGAAUCGAGUGAAGAACAGAAUGAGGAGUUAGAGAUAGGCAUAUGCAAUUCAUGUGGACAAAAAUUGAAAAUAUGCCCUAAAUGUGGGCGUGUCCGAUGUUCUUAA